GUGUGUCUCAGUGUCUCCAUGUCUCUCCCUCCCUCUCAUUCUCAGCCCCUGUGUUUCUCUCCUCAGUUUUCCUGCAGGAAGGAGGCUGUGGGCAAGGGCGCUCACCUGGUCUCUGUUCACAGCGAGGAGGCUAACAAGAACAUUAUCUGCAUCACCAUGAAAUACAACCACACCUCCCCCCGGGUCUGGCUGGGCGGGUUCGAGCUCUUCAGGAGCGAAAAAUUCGUUUGGAUCGACGGUUCCGAGUGGAACUACAAUCCCUGGGUCCCGGGACAGCCAGACAACACCGCGAACACAGAGGACUGUGUGGAAAUUAACUGGAAAAACACCGGCAUGUGGAACGAUGACAAAUGCAGCGGGGGGAAAUCUUAUAUCUGCGGGUUCAAGGACUGAGCCAAGAUCUGAGAGCCAGACCAACACCGAGUUACCCCGGCAACGCUGCCCAGGUGGCUUUGACAUCUGGAAUCGAUAUCCUCCCUUUACAGGAGCGCUGACCAUCUUUAAAAUCCAUUCUCUCACCUCUUAUUAGCUUUAUUAACAGGAUC